GGGUCCCGGGGGAAGAGGAGGGGAAAGGUGCUGGAGUUGUCGCAUCCAGUUGCGUUUAUAGACUAGCUAGUAACCGGCUGUUUGCGCUUCAGAGAACACAACAAGUAGGGACAAUAUGCCUACUAAAGUAGCCUAGCUAUUGGUUUUAUGGAUUAUAUAGGAUAUCGAUUUGUAUAAUUAAGUCUAUAAUGGUUUAUAUCACGGUAAAUGACCUCACUCAACUUAACGCAGUCGGCGCGAUGCAACUCCCUCGUUUCAUGACGUUUGUUCUGGUCAUUUCUUGUGAGUUGUACCGGGCAGUCGCGGGUCCGGGCGCUGGGUUGAAGACGUGGGAGAGGUUUAGUAAAUUGGACUAUCCCGGUGACAAAGCUUUCCUCUACGACACCUUUCCUGACAACUUCAUGUGGGCGGUUGGAACGGCAGCUUACCAGGUGGAGGGUGCGUUUGAGAAAGACGGGAAGGGCCUGUCCAUUUGGGACACUUUUACGCGCGGCGGGAACCGGAUAGCUACCGGGGACGUUGGCAGCGACAGCUACCAUAACACCCAAAGCGACGUCCGGGCGCUCAAACAGCUCGGGGUCAGUCACUACCGCUUCUCUCUCUCGUGGUCGCGGAUAUUUCCAAACGGCAGCCGCGGUAGCUACAACGAGAUCGGUACCAACUACUACCGGACGCUAAUACGGAAGCUGAAGGAGAUCAACGUGCAGCCGGUGAUCACGCUAUAUCACUGGGACUUACCUGACAACCUGCAGAGAACGUUCGGCGGGUGGAGCGACCCAGCGCUCGUGGAGCUUUUCCGUGAUUAUGCAGAUUUCUGUUUCCAAACAUUCGGUGACGAUGUGAAGUAUUGGAUCACGAUAGACAACCCGUUCCUGGUGGCGUGGAACGGGUACGGUACUGGGAAGGUGGCUCCGGGAAUCAAGAAUGACCCGGACCUGCCGUUUAGAGUGGGACACAACCUCCUCAAGGCUCAUGCUGCAGCGUGGCACCUCUACGACCGCCACUACCGGCCCCAGCAGCAGGGGAAAGUUUCAAUGGCGCUGGCCUCCCAUUGGAUCAAGCCCAGCAGGACACGGCGUGAGAGCCUGCAGGCGUGUCAGUGGUCCUUGGACUUUGUGUUGGGCUGGUUCGCCAGACCCCUCUUCAUUGAUGGAGAUUACCCCCCUAGCAUGAAGCACAACCUGUCCCACCGCCUGCCCUCGUUCACACAGGCAGAGAGGGAUGAGGUGAGGGGGACCGCUGACUUCUUUGCUCUGUCCCAUGGUCCUUCUCUGAGCUACCAGCUGAUUGACGUCAGUCUCAAAUUUGGCCAGAUUGAAGUUCUGGACCUGAGGAUGCUGCUAUACUGGAUCAGAGCAGAGUACGACAACCCACCCAUCUACAUUGUAGAGAGUGGCUGGUUUGUCCAGGGAGACAUCAAGACAGAGGACUCUAAGAACAUGUAUUACCUCAAGAGGUUCAUUAUGGAGACACUGAAAUCGAUCAAGUACGACGGGGUGAAUGUGAUUGGCUACACCCACUGGUCCCUGCUGGAUGGGUUUGAAUGGCACAGAGAGUAUGAUAUACGCAGAGGCCUCUACUACGUCGACUUCAACACACACAACCUCAAGAGGAGGCCCAAGACCUCCGCCAACUUCUACAAGAAGUUGAUCCAGAAGAAUGGUUUUCCCCAGCUGCCUGAGAACAGACCAGCUCAGGGAGUUUUCCCCUGUGACUUCGCCUGGGGAGUGUCCGCCAACUCUAUACAGGUGGAGACCACCCCCACCCAGUUUGUAGAUCCCAGUGUGUACGUAUGGAACAUCACAGGCAACGGGGAGCUCAGGAGGUUAGAGGGGUUCCAGGCCCCGCCGCUCCGCAGGGCACAGCACUGUGCCGACUACGCCACCAUCCGCCAGCAGGUGGAAGAGAUUCGUCGUGUGGGAGUCAACCACUUCCACUUCUCUCUCAACUGGUCCUCCCUGGUGCCCAGCGGCAACGUGACUCAGCCCAACACUACCUUACUAGGGUACUACCGCUGCUUUACGAGCCAGCUGCACCAGGCUAACAUCACGUCCAUGGUCACCCUGUGGCACCACACACGCCAGCGCUCCAGCCUGCCAGCCCCGAUGGAGGCAGCAGGAGGCUGGUUCAACAGGGACACAGUGGUGGCGUUUGUGGACUACGCUCGGCUGUGCUACAGAGAGCUGGGUCCCCAUGUGAAGAUGUGGAUCACCUUGAACGAGCCCAACGAUGAAGAUGACGUGUCUCCGAUGGAGGGCCACCAGCUGCUGAGGGCACACGCCCUGGCGUGGCACGCCUACGACCAGGAGUACAGACACACACAGGGGGGACAGGUUUCCUUGGCUCUUCACAUGGACUGGGUGGAACCGGCGUUCUCCUUCAGCCGCGAGGACGUGGAGCCAGCCAACAGGGUUCUCGACUGUCGUGUGGGCUGGUUCUCAGAACCCAUCUUUGGCAGUGGAGAUUACCCGCCUCGCAUGAGGAACUGGUUCCACCAACGACACUCCCUUGACCUUUUCCAUUACCACCUGCCGUUGUUCAGUGAUGAGGACAGACAGUUGGUGAGGGGGACGUACGACUUCUUCGCCAUCAGUCAUUUCAGCACUCAGCUAGUGACCCCCACCAUUGAAGAAAAUAAACUGCCCUCCAGGUUGGGGGUGCAGUACAUGGGAGACAUCACCUGGAUCAGGUCCCCUCGGCCCAAUGCCCCUGUAGUGCCCUGGGGCCUCAGGAAGGCCCUCAACUGGGUGGAGGAGCGCUACGCUGGCGUGGCGGUCUAUGUGGUAGCCAAUGGGGUGCAGGAAGACCCGGCCCGCUUCGACGACAGUCUGAGAGUCUACUACCUGUACAGCUACAUCAACGAAGCUCUUAAAGCCUACAUCCUAGACGGGGUGAAUCUGAAGGGUUACUUCGCCUACUCCCUGAACGACCAGAGAGACCCAGGCUUCGGCUUGUACGGUCAUGUCCAGGAUGAGGAAAUCCUCAAAACAUCUCUGUCCCAGUAUCAGAACAUUAUCCGGCACAACGGCUUCCCUCUCCAGGGGACCCUUACCUCGGCCCUGCAGUGCCCCAGUCAGCCUCUACCCUGCUCGGGGUGUCUGGUCCUGACCAAGAGGCCUGUGGUGGGCUUCCUGUCUCUGGUGGGGUCAGCGGUCCUGGUCACCCUUGGGCUGAUUAUAUACUACGCUGCCAAGAGACACAGGGGCCGAGGUACAAAUGGCACCAUAUUCUCUAAAAUAUAGGGCCCUGGUCUAAAGUAGUGCACUAUAUUGGGAAUAGGGUGCCAUUUGGGAUCACGUGGUGAUGGUGGUGAUGAAAAUGAAGUGUAUUUAUGAAGCGUGUGUUAUAGGUAGUCCUCCGGGUUCGAGUCACUUGACCUUUAACCCUUCAAUGUCUGCUGAUCUGAAGGAAUCAGGAAAAAGGUAGAAGCAAUAUGUCAGAAUAUCCACCGUGUCAGCACUAGAUCUCUGACACCUAUCCAGUUCCUCGAGAUCUGUAAAACAAAGUCGUGGGCCAAGAGUCCUAUUGAUAUAGACCCAUGUGGGGCCAAAUAUAUCUGGAGCCAUUUAGACGGUUUACGACACUGUGUAGAGAAUGUAGUUGAUGAAUGUAGUUGAUUUAGUUGAUGUGGUGUGUCUUGGUGUUCAUAGAACUGUAUGUUCGUUUAUUUCCACGUCGUUUUGUGAAACUCAACCAGCAGCGUUUUGUUUCAUGUAUUUCAGUCUGAAGAUAAAGUAUUGUUCUUUAAAAAACAAUUGAGAUAAAUGUGCAAUUUUUUUUUUUUUUUAAUGAACUUGUUUGACGUGGUAUUAUAACGAAUGAUCUCGUGCAGAUUAUUUUUCGUACAGACUCUUAAAUUAAUAUAUCUCUAUCUUUGUAUUAAACUGUGUGUUUAUAGUAAGUCACACUCUACCAGAUAACUUAUUGUACCUUGAUGUCUACUAGGCAAAACAAAACAACUAUCUAGUGAAAGCAAGUCUCCCAUGACCAAUUACGUUUAGUCCCCUUUGACCAAUACUUUUACUACCGCAGGGCCUGUUGUGAAGUAGGCAAAGCAUUUAUCCCAAAUGGCACCCUAUUCCCUAUAUUGUGCUUUUAGGGCUGGGACGAUAUCGCAAUACUCAUUAGUAUCUUGGCAAGGAAACGAAACAUGAAGCAGAUUUAACUAAAUGUAGCCGAUGUAAAAUGGCUAGCUAGUGGCGUAACGAUGCUUCGAGGGUGACUGUUGUCUGUGUGCAGAGGGUCCCUGGUUCGCGCCCAGGUCGGGGCGAGGGGACGGACGUAAAGUCUAUACUGUUACAUAAAACAGCCCUGUUUUAAACAAGCAUGUUAUCCAGGGGCACAUUUAUUUAUUUAACAAACAGGAGGUUUUUAAAACGGAACAAAUUGUUCGGACUGCUUCAUGUUUACAUGUUUUUGUUGCCAUGGAAAACAUAUCGCGAUACCGGUAUCAUCCCGACCCUAAGAUUCACUACUUUUGACCAGAGCCCAUGUGACCUUCAGUCAUAUCUCCGAUAUGAAGGAGUAGUGGGUGGAUCGUUCAUUUAUUGCCAAAAUGCAAUGAAGGGACACAGUAUAGAUUAAUUCUCUGUCAUCAAAUGAAUAUUAACAGUACUCCCACAACAAUUCUUCAUAGAUCUCCUGUAUAAUAUUAUACUUGCAUUCAAUUUGUCGGAGUAAACUCUGGGCCGUUUGUAAAUUCAGAGCAUUGUCAGAUUGCCUGGUCGGUAAACUCAGAGCACGCGCUGACCGAGGAGUACUAACUGGCUAACGUUGGCUAGCUACUUCCAGACACAGAUGAGAGAACAGCUCAUAUCCAGAGCAUUAGUGACUAACUGUGCUGCUGGCAACAAUUUCAUUGUUAGUUGUUUUUUUGCCGGCAUUUACUGACUCCGGUCAUAUUCAACGGUUGUUCCCCGUUUGUAAAUGAAUCAGUUAUUCUGCACUCUGGCACACAGACGAGGGAGCACUGACAUCGGAGUAGAGAGCCAGAGUGAAUUUACAAAAUGCACCAUAAAUGUCUAUAAAAAAAAAGGUUAUUGUGAUCAUAUGGUGGAUAAACAAUUUUGUAAUAAUUCCUAAAUUCUAAUAAUAAACAAAUAACAGUGUUUUGAAA